GUGUAACAGUGCUUGAAGGCCCUAUUUAUGCUGUAGGAGGUCAUGAUGGCUGGAGUUACCUGAAUACAGUGGAGAGGUGGGAUCCACAGAACCAGCAGUGGACAUUUGUAGCAAGCAUGUCCAUUGCACGGAGCACCGUUGGUGUAGCAGCACUGAAUGGCAAGUUGUAUUCAGUUGGGGGUCGUGAUGGAAGUUCCUGUUUGAGUUCAAUGGAAUACUAUGAUCCUCAUACAAACAAGUGGAACAUGUGUGCACCAAUGUGUAAGAGGAGAGGGGGUGUUGGAGUAGCCACGUGUGAUGGUUUUCUUUAUGCAGUAGGUGGUCAUGAUGCUCCUGCUUCAAAUCACUGUUCCCGGCUCCUAGAUUAUGUAGAAAGGUAUGAUCCCAAAACAGAUACCUGGACCAUGGUGGCUCCUUUAAGUAUGCCCAGAGAUGCUGUUGGGGUCUGUCUACUAGGUGAUAGGUUAUAUGCAGUUGGUGGCUAUGAUGGACAGACAUACCUCAACACUAUGGAAUCCUAUGAUCCACAAACUAAUGAGUGGACACAGAUGGCUUCCUUGAAUAUUGGGAGAGCAGGUGCCUGUGUGGUAGUCAUCAAGCAACCUUGACUUAUUGUUCUUUAUUUGGAGGCAUUUGAUUUGCUGGAGUGGUUAUUUUUAUAUCAUAUGGCAAGAAAGAGUACUUCCCGAGAUGAAAACUCUUCAAGA